AUGUAUCAUCCUUAUUUUACCCAUGUUAAUCUACCAUCAAAUAAUCAUUACUCAUUAAAUGAUCAAAAUAGCCAUCGUCCAUCAACCGCAUACUCUCCAUCUCAAUUAAAUGUUUUGGAAUUUAAAGUAUGUAAAACACAACGCAAUAGAGCGAAUUGUACGUACAUGGAUAUGUGGUCAUCUGAUACUAUAACAGCGUUGAAAGCGAAAAUAGCAUACUAUCUAAAAAUAAACUUGUUACUAAAAGAAUUCUUUUUGGAAGUGUUUGACGAAGAUGAUUAUCAGUGGAAAACGAUUGAUGAUUCGAAUCCUUCCGUUACUAUCAAUCAACUGAAAUUGCGCUCUGGUUGUAUAUUAAAUGUUGAAUAUCGUACUCAACAGAUACCAAAAGAUCGACGUUCUCUCAAUUCAACUUCAGUUUCGAUGUCUGGUCGUGAGUUAUGUUUAAAACUUUGUACAAAACCAUUAGAUAGAACAGAUUAUAUAUAUUUUACCAUUAACUCUUUGUCCACUGUUGGAAAAUUACGAAAACAAGCCUAUGAGAAAUUCAAUAAAUUAGAGAAGAAUCGACCCAUCUAUCGAGGCAAUCAAUACUCCUGGAUGCUAGUUGAAUCUGAGCUGGAUGAAAAAACUUUAGAGGAUCUUGAUUUUGAAUCGUAUACAUUUAUAAGUAUAGAUUAUGAUGACAAAGAAAUCAAUUCAAAACUUCCAUCUGGUUUAUGUGGACUUGUUAAUUUAGGUAGUACAUGUUUUAUGAAUAGUAUUUUUCAAUGUUUAAAUAGCAUACCUCAAUUCAUACUAAAAAUUUUGGAGUUAAAUGAUGAAGUAAACGCACCUAUUAUUAGUGAAUACAAAAAAUUAGUUAAAAAAAUGUGGUCCGGAAAGUAUACCGCUGUCGAUCCAUCAUUACUUCUUAAUAAUAUUCAAGAUAAUUUACCACAUUAUGCUAAUUAUCGACAACAAGAUGCACAAGAAUUUAUGAAUCAUUUUUUAAAUCUUAUUCAUGAUGAAUUUUCGAUGAAAACAACACUCAUUACCGAGUUAUUCUAUGGUCAACUUCAAUCAACUGUUAAAUGUCUUGGAUGUCGACAAACUGAGAUAACUAAGGAGCCUUUUUCUUUUUUACCAUUAUCUAUUAGCAAUUAUAAUCAAAAGUCUGUGCUUUAUGUUAAAGUUGAUGGUGAACAACGUCUAGUUUCUAUAAAAGUUAAUUCAUCAAUUAUGUUUGUGAAUGACCUGAUUGAUUGCUUUCUCAAACAACAUGAACCAAAAUUAACUAGAGAACGAAUUCAAGCUGUUCAAUUAGUCAAUAAUGUCGUUAAAGAUUUAUAUGACAGUUGGCAAUCUCUUCGUAGCAUACGUGAAGAAGAGCUUGCUAUCGUAGAAUAUCCGGAGAAGUCCGUUCAUCAAAAACAUAUUUGGUGUGAUUUCGUUGAUCAUUCCACUGAUAAAGUAUUCCGUCCACCGACUCCUCUAAUUUGUCCGAAUCAGAAUUGUACUUAUCGACAUCUGUCAGAUCAAAUCGAUCAACUUCUUGGUCAUCUUUGUUCUACAACUAAUGCAUCAGCUUCUGCUUUUCAUCUGUAUUGGAUAGAUCGAAAAGAAAUGCGACAUACACUGAAAGUAGAAGCAAAUACAGAUGAAGAUUUACCUAGCAUAACUGGUAUAGAAAUCGCAAUGGCUACUGAAUGUGUUGAUAUCUACAAAAAAUACUACAAUACCAAUCAUUCAACUGACAAAUCAAUGUUAGCCAGUUUAUUAACCGAUUAUUUUCGUGAAGAUUACCUUGAUGGUGAUUAUCACUGUUUGAAAUGUUCAAAGUCUACUGUAGCUCAACAUAAAUCAUAUUUAUGUUUACCAUUACCACAUGUAUUUAUUAUACAAUUGAAAAGAUUCGUGUAUGACGUUAAUUCAAAUGAAAAAAUUGAUACAUAUAUUUCAUUUCCUCUUUAUGGACUUGAUCUUAAUGAAUAUACAGUAACAGAUAAUGAUAAUAAACCUGAAAAUAGUUCAUCAACAAAAUAUGAUCUAAUUGCUGUUUCCAAUCAUACAGGUAGUCUCCUGUCUGGACAUUAUACAACAUACGCCAAAAAUACUAAAGAUGAAAAUUGGUACUUAUUUGAUGAUCGAUAUGUUAGAAAACUUGAUAGUGAUAAAGAUAUCGUCACUAAAAAUGCAUAUAUACUUGUUUAUGUACAAAAAACUGGAUAA